AUGCAUUCAGGAAAUUGGUGGGAAUCGGGAUCGUUCGAAGUCAGAGGACGAGGAGAUCCAGUCGGCGUGGCGAACACAAACAGCGACCAAAAGGCUUUGAAGUGGAGUCUGUGGUGUAUUGUGUUGGGUAUUGGAGUGAUAGGUCUCCCAAUCAUCAUUGCCAAUACACUUCCAAGCUCUCUUAAGGAUCACCCCUUUCCUCCUGACUCUUACACUUUGGCUCUCCACAAGGCCAAUUUAUAUCACACAAUUACAAUGCCCAGAAAUAACAUUUGUCAUCCUACCUACAUUUCUCUUGCAACCAAGCCAGGCUUUUCCCGACACUCUAAGGCCUUUUUUAGGAUCCCCAAAUUGAGCGUGCCCAGUUGGGACAACAAGUUGCCGGUCGCCAUGCUUAUGUUGACCAGGUUUAGGAUGUUCUUGAGUCCAGGCUACCCAUACGAGGACAUGUUGCAGAUGUACCAUAAUACCACAAGUCUUACAAUGUGCUCAUAUUUUCAACCCUUCAACAUCUUCAAUUUUACUAAAUGUGGACUCAUCAUGCUCAACCAAGGAGGCCCGCAGCCUCUUCAAUGCGCAGCUAACGCCGCUUUCUUGGCAUCUCUCUACGCUGAUUACAUGGAUGCUAUCGGUGUUCCCGGUUUCUACUGCAGCUCCAAUUAUUUUUCCUUGGACCAUCUGCGCGAAUUUGCCACCUAUAUAUAUAUAUAUAUAGGAAAAAACCCCAUGAAAAUGAGCUACAUUGUGGGCUAUGGCAAGAACUUCCCAAGGCAUGUCCAUCACCGCGCAGCCUCAAUACCCAACAACAAUAAGUACUACUCGUGCACCGGCAGAUUUAAGUGGCGUGACACGUCUAACCCUAAUCCUCACAACAUCACAGGAGCUAUGGUCGGUGGCCCGGAUCAGUUUCAUCGCUUCAAAGACGCACACAGUUGUUAUAACACGGAGCCAACUUUGGCGGGCAAUGCAGGGCUGGUUGCCGCACUUGUGUCUCUCACAAAAAGUGGCGGUGCUGGUGGGAUAGACAAGAACACCAUGUUCUCCGCAAUUCCACCACUUACGCCACAAAGCCCACCACCACCACCACCACCUUGGAAGCCAUGACGUCCUUAAUUAAUACUACUUCUGAACUGAAGCCAUGUUAAUUAGA